AUGUCGGCUUCCGCCGCAUCAUCGUCCAGCAGCCACGAUGCAUCUAGCGGCGGGAGUUGCGAAAAGUCGAGUGUGAUCCUGAAAGUGGGCAUGGUAGGCGACUCGCAGAUCGGCAAAACGUCGCUCAUGGUGCGUUACGUCGAAGGCUCGUUCAACGAGGACUACAUCCAAACGCUCGGAGUCAACUUUAUGGAAAAGACCAUUUCGAUCCGCAACACGGAAAUCACGUUUAGCAUCUGGGAUUUGGGCGGUCAACGCGAGUUUGUCAACAUGCUUCCACUCGUCUGCAACGACGCAGUUGCCAUCCUUUUCAUGUUCGACCUCACGCGCAAAUCCACGUUGAACUCGAUCAAGGAGUGGUACAGGCAAGCGCGCGGGUUCAACAAGACCGCGAUUCCAUUCCUCGUCGGCACCAAGUACGACCAUUACGCCACGCUCCCGAGAGAGGAACAGGACGAAAUCACAAAACAAGCUCGAAGGUUCAGCAAGGCCAUGAAGGCUCCAUUGAUUUUUUGCUCCACCAGCCACGCGAUCAACGUGCAGAAGAUCUUCAAGGUGCUCCUGGCAAAGGCGUUUGAUUUGAAGUGCACCAUCCCGGAGAUCAAAGGUCCCGGCGAGCCCUUGUUGUUCUAUCUCGAUGUCUAG